UAAAAUUAUGUCUCUUAAAGAGUUUGUGUUUCUUAUGUCAGCUGUAAUACAGGAUUGUAUUUGUUAAAUGGAUGUCAAUAAUUUUAAAUUGUAUGUUUUUUUAAAUGGUUUUAUAUCAAAGUAAAAAGCUGUUUAACAUUGUCAGUGUGAAAUUAAAAAGUAAACUACCUCUCUGAAGGUUUGCUUGUGCCAAUACCAUAUCAGUUAUUAGUUUCUGUGAAUUUUUCACUGCUCAUGUCAAAAGAAAUCAAUUACACUUACUAAUACUUAAGCCUGUCCCCUACCCCGUCUCCUUCCUCCAAGGACAUAAACACCUCCAUUUUACUCUGGGGCUCAGCCUAAGGCAAGCUGUGAAGAUUUGUGUCCAGGUUUAAAUACUUGUGAAGUGUUAAGGCUCACAGGUACAAGUGUAUAAAAAAAAUUAAUUAGUAAGCAGUUAAAUGAAGUUUUAUGUUCACGCCUCACCUCUGAUAGCUUCCUAUACUCUUACCUAUGGCUAAGUAAGUUGGAGUACAGUUUUGAGCGGCUCUUUAUUGAUGUCCUGAUUCAUGCAAGAGUUUGCAUGGUGUUUUAACUUCUCAUUGAACUACAGGUCACAAAACUUAGUGAGAUAUGUAGGAAAAGUAGGGAUUAAUUGAAGCAUAUGCUGUUCAGUUUGGAGUUUAAGCUCUCCUUAAGGUGGGUGACUUCUUUGUAGUCAUCAGGAAGAUGUCUGAAGAGGAGGAAACCUGUUCAGCUGAGGUGUUGGGGACAGGCUGAAAUACUUAAUGAUGAGUAAUUUACUCUAGGGAAAGCUCUUAGUAGCAUGAUUAAGUGUUGACUACCAUGAGAUAUUUUAUGCUAAUAAGUAGAGUGAUAUUUACCAGUUGUUAUGUGAUAUGCCAAGCUGCUCUGGCAUUCAUGAUGAGAUGACUGAUUGCAGUGGUACUAUUAGAUUGAUUGGCUGUAUUGCUGACUUAAAAAGUGAGCACUGCAUUAAGGUGCACUGGAUUAUUACGAAGUGUUCUAUCAUAAGUGUAAGUUUUCAAGUUGUACGUGAAAUAUGUAGUUUUAGGCUGUUGAACAAAGAAAGUUAAGUAUUUGUUUCAAUGUUACACAUUAAGUAGCUAAUUAUUUUGAAAUUCUAACAGUUUUUUAUGAGCUGCUGUGCUCAGCAUAUUUUAAAGUGCUCAUUACAUACAGGUCUAGAUUUUUUUUAAAGAAAAUAAACAUAUUUGAAAUAAGACCUGUUUUCUAAUCCUGCUGUCAGAUGUAAAAAUGCCUAGAAUAGGCAGAUUGUAUUUCUUCAUCUUGCUUUCCAAUGCAGUGCCUCACAAAAAAGUGUGUGGCCUGAAUGUGUGUGGGUUUUGUUUUUUCUUUUAACGGAGUUAUGCAAGUUAACAUAGCUUUUAUUGUUGAUUAAUAGCUAAAAUUAUUGGGUGGGGGUAGGAUGGGGAAGGGACUACUAGUGUGCAUUCUUUUAGAGAAAGAAAAUCUUAAGCUCUCUUCCAUCACUUGGGUGCUUUCAGCUUUAUGUUCUGCUCUGUCGUUAGUUUAUAGAAACGCUGGCAUUCAGCUUGUCAAGAAUUGGACAUAACCGAGGAGCUGAAAAGAAUGUAAACUCUUGUAUACUGAAAUAUAUAAAACUUUCUUGUCAGCCAAGGAGGAAUAAGUGGAAUAGUGUAUUAGUGCGGUUUUUAAAUAGUUAGAUUUUAGAUUUGUUCUGUAUGAAAUGCUAUUUCUCAAGUGUGCUAUAUAAAGGAAAUGUAGCUUCAGAAUGCCUUCUAUAUUUUUGACUUCAGAACAAGCAAGGAAAUAUCACAGAGAAUGCUUGAGAUGACAGAAUAAUGCAGGCUAGCAGUGUAUGGUGAACAGUAAAAGUAUUCUACAUAUUACAUCAAACAGUAAAUGUUGUGGGCUGACUGUUAGGAAUCUGAGAGAGAUCUUGUUUUACAUUCAUUGUAAAGGCUUUCCAGGAAUUAAUUCCAAUACCAAACACGACUUCAGUGAAGUCACAUCGUUGAUUACCUUUCAUUAUGAAUGGACUAUUUUGAGGUGGGUAGUUGUAGAAAAUUUUGUAGUUACAUAUGGCUGUGUAAAAUGAACAUAAAACUAGACAGAAUAAGGGGAUCUUGUCUUCAGAAUGCAAGCCUCGUGAAUGAAAUGUAAUUAAAACUGUCACCAGAACGUUUGAUGUAAAUUUUUUUUUUUUUUAAUGUUAAAAGCUACUUGCCCAGUUAGUCAUAGGCUAACCCUAAUAAAAACCAUUAAACUUUCUUUGGGUUUCAGAUCUGUAUUUGUGAAUAUAUCUUUUAUGCUACUGGUGGGAGUAAACCUAUUGUUCCAACAGAAAUUUGGUGAAAAUCUCAGAAACCUAGAAUUUGAGUUUCACUUGCUUUGUGCUAAAAUACCGUCACACUUUCUUUCCAAACUGAGAUACAGAGAAGAAGCAAAUUCCACUCUGUUUUGGUUGUUCAUAAAUAUUUUUAUAGAAGCUUUUUAUUACUGAGACCUGAAAUUUUUAUGCUGAUGCAUAUGCACAGUGAGUAGAUCAUUCCCACUUCCUUGAAACAUAUUAUUAAGUUGUUUGAAUGGCACAGUUUUGCCCAGCUGUUUUACACUUGGGUGAACAGUUAAAAUGGAUGUCAGUAGGUUUUGAGGUUUUUAUUUGAACUCAAAGAUAGUGACAGCAUAGCUUGGGGUAGGCAGGGCACCUUUUCUACAGUUUGCUUUGUAAAAUCAUCUGUGCAUGCAUGAUAAUCUACUUGUAAAUCAGUUUACAGUAUGCCUUACAGUAUUUUUUUGUUUGUUUGCUUUAAGAGGCCAUGAUGUGAACUGCAGCAAUAUAGCAGCUGAUUCCUGAGUGGUACAGUGUUUGUCUUCUGAAUAAGUUCUAGGUCAAAUGAUUAGUUCUGUGACAAGGCAGCAUGACACUUUGAGUAUGACAGAAGCCCUGAUGCUGCAGGAGAGGCUGGGAAUAUUAAUGGCCAAAUCUAGAGAUCACAUGGUCUUCUAAAGAAGUCAUGGGUAGCUGUUGUAGCUGUCCAGAUAAAGAAACUGUCCCAGAUAACCAUCGAAAUAAGUUUAAGGUUAUUAAUGUCGAUGAUGAUGGUAAUGAACUGGGUUCUGGCAUAAUGGAACUUACAGAUACAGAACUAAUUUUGUACACCCGUAAAAGGGACUCUGUAAAAUGGCACUACCUCUGUCUCCGUCGCUAUGGCUAUGACUCAAAUCUUUUCUCUUUUGAAAGUGGCCGAAGGUGUCAAACUGGACAAGGAAUCUUUGCCUUUAAAUGUGCCCGUGCAGAAGAGCUAUUUAAUAUGUUGCAAGAGAUAAUGCAGAAUAAUAGCAUAAAUGUGGUAGAAGAACCAGUAGUAGAAAGGAAUAAUCAUCAAACUGAGUUGGAAGCUCCAAGAACCCCUCGAACACCUACCACUCCUGGGUUCAAUGCACAAAGUUUACCUAAUGGCUAUCCCAGAUAUCCAUCUUUUGGAGAUGCUUCAUCACAUCCUUCCAGCAGACAUCCUUCUGUCGGAAGUGCACGCCUCCCCUCUGUUGGUGAAGAAUCAACACAUCCUUUACUUGUAGCAGAGGAGCAAGUGCACACUUACGUCAACACUACUGGGGUACAAGAGGAAAGAAAAAGUCGAUCAAGUGUGCAUGCGCCAUUGGAAUCAAAGCUUUCAAACACUGAAACAGCAAAAGCAAAAGAGGAUCAGAUGUGUACUGAUGACAGAGAUGCUCAGGUUCUCCUGGAGCCUGAAGGAGUCAAGUUUGUUUUAGGACCAACACCUGUUCAAAGGCAAUUAAUGGAAAGAGAGAAACUGGAGCAACUUGGGAGAGACCAAGUUAGUGGCAGCAGCACAAACAAUACCGAAUGGGACACUGGGUAUGACAGUGAUGAACGCAGAGAAACUCCAUCUGGUAGUAAAUUGGUGUAUGAAAACAUAAAUAGGUUAUCAAUCCCUAGUGCCUCAGGGGUCAGGAGAGGUCGUUUGACAUCAACCAGUACCUCAGACACCCAGAAUGUUAACAACUCUGCUCAGAGGAGAACUGCGCUGUUGAACUAUGAGAACUUGCCAUCCUUGCCUCCUGUUUGGGAAGCCCGCAAGCUGAGUAGAGAUGAAGAUGACAGUUUAGGACCAAAGACCCCAUCUCUAAAUGGCUACCACAAUAACCUAGAUCCAAUGCAUAAUUAUGUCAAUACAGAGAAUGUAACAGUACCAGCAAGUGCUCAUAAAGUAGAAUUUACACGACGUCGGGACUGUACCCCAACAGUCUUUAACUUUGACAUUAGGCGUCCAAGUUUAGAACACAGGCAGCUCAACUACAUACAGGUUGACUUGGAAGGUGGUAGUGACUCCGACAACCCUCAGACUCCAAAAACCCCCACCACUCCACUUCCGCAAACUCCAACCAGGCGCACAGAGCUGUAUGCUGUGAUAGACAUUGAAAGAACUGCUGCUAUGUCAAGCUUGCAAAAAGCACUGCCCCGAGAUGAUGGUACUUCUAGGAAAACUAGACAUAACAGUACUGACCUGCCUAUGUGAGCCUGGGAAGCAUUAAAUCAUUUGCACCUUUUGUGAAGUUUAUAGAAUUGAAGAUGCAAGUAUUUUGCAUUUCUUAACACUAACGCCUUUUAUAGACUAAUAGAACUUUUUCUGCCUACUUCAUGUACUUGUUUAACUAAAGGGAAUUAAUGUAGAGCAAGUAUUCAUUUAGGUAACACUAUUUCAUUCUACAGUAGUAGUAAUUACUGCAUAGCAGCAUCACCACCUUUCACAGUGCCUCUUUAAAUUGAUUAGACUCCGAGUGACAUGCCAGUUUUGAAUUUAUAAAUAUUCUGGUCUGGUGCCUAUACUCGUUAAUGACAUUUAUAACACUUUUUAAAGCCUCUUUGAUAUGUGCAUUACUAGCAGGUAAACCUGAUCUUUCAAAAUACAUAUCUUGUGUUCAUUCCUCAUUGAAGUGGCUCCUCCAGAAUGAAAUGUAUGUUAAUGCAUUAACUCACUCGGUUUGACGUACACAAGAUAUAUUGGUUCAUCUCAAAGGGUAUAAACACCACACCUUUUUUGUCUUUUUUUUUUUGGUUUUGUGUUUGUUUUUUUUUUGUUAGUUUUUUUUUUUUAUUAGACCACAUAGACAAGAAGGCCUCUAAUUCUGAAGUUUUCUUAACUUGUGUGAUAUUUGAGAGGUUACAUCAAAGUUAGUUGAUCAGAGCUAUGAACACAUCUAAACCCAGCCUUAAGCUCCUUCUGCUAGAAGAGAAUUCACAGUGGUAUAUCAAGUUCCCUGUGAAAUCUGACAACUUUAAUCUCAUUAGAGUUUGUUUGGGGUUCUUUGUGAAGGAAUUCACAUAUUUGCUAUAUGAAUUAAGGCUCUCUUGUCAUUUCUUAGUUCAGUGUGCCUUCCUUCCUUUGCAUUUGUGUGUUUCUUUUUUACCUGUUCCAUAAUGUCUUGUUUUUGAAGGUCAACAUUUUGUACAUAGCUUUAAUUAUUGUUCAGGGUCAUUAUGUGUUUGUCUUACUCUCUGCAUUUGACAAAGAAAGACUCUUGAAGGUCAAAUGGUUGUCUUUGUCCAGUGUUCUACGUUUUUAUGCCUGACAGAGAUAUCCCAGUUCUCCAGCAACAUGCAUGAUUGCACAACUGGAAAGGUUUAUUAUGCAGUUAUUGUCUUCCUCUAACGCAUCAGUCACAGGUUACACGGGAGGCAGGGUACUGGACUCGAUAGUUCUUUAUAGAAAAUUGUACAUCCUAGCAGUGUGCAUCCAUAGUUGAUAGUAUAAUUUAGAAAGAUAUGUAGUGAAUUAUCUGAGGGUAGUAUUAUCUACGAGCAUACUUCUUUUCCUUUUGCAGUUGGUGAACUUGGUUUCAGUGAUGGCUGCUUAGUGUAACAGGUACAUCCAGGUAGAAUGUUGUUUGUUGAAUAUGCCAGAUGCACCCUUAGCAGAAGUUCUUUGUUUUGUUGUUUUUCUAAUACUCUGAAUAAUGUUAGAAUUCUGGCAGUAUUGCAGGUGCACCUUGGUACUAGCAGCAGAGGAGAUUAAUCUUGAGCCUGUGAUUGCAAAGGAAAUGACACUUCUGUGAACUGGUGUGAUAUAAAAUAACCCUUAAACUGUGAGUGAGAAAAACAUGCAAGAAAAGCCAUUUGGAGAUAUGUAAAAUAGUUAAGGUUCUUCAUGCAAUAUUUGAAUUCAAGUUUUGUAACAAACAAACUACGAUUACUUUCUGUCUUUUAAAUUGGAGUGUGUUCCCUGUUCCUUUGUUAACUUUUUCUUUGGUCUUCUCUCACUUUACUAGUGGCAGCACUAAUAGCACCUGAAACACGUGUCUUGUCACACCAUUAACGGAUACCAGGCAACCUUUACACUCUGACUGUCAUUGUUUUUUACAGACCGUAUGGUACUGAAAUACCAGAUGCACAAAGAAAAUAAUUUGCAGAAGUAAAAUAUGGGAGUCAUUGAGAUCAUUGUGAGGAACUUAAAUGAGAUUUAAAAAAAACACUUUGUUAAUAAUUUCAUGGUCAACCCAUGCAUGCUCUUGUGAUAGACGUGUUGACUUGUGGGGAGACCUUGGUACUCAAGAAGGUCUGGAGUGAAACAUUUUACAGGUCUGCAGUGCUAGUGCUCCUUCACAUCUUUGCCAUUGCCUCACCCUAUGCUAUGGACCAGUCUUGGUCUAUACGGAAGAGAAAUUACCAGAUAUUGCAAAACAAGUAGUAGGUUAAUGAUACUGGUGUAAUUCUGGCUCUUAGCUUGGAGCUCACUUUAAUUUGUGAACUGAACUAAGGCUUCAGCAUGUGUUUAGAGGCAAGUGUGUUUGAUCUAACCAGCUGCCUAGAAAUACUUGGUUCUCAUCUGUAUGGUGUGGGUGUUUCAGAAAUACUAAUUAAUUGGACCUGUGAAUAAACACACCCUUGAGGCAGGGAGACAGUAUUCUUAGUUGACAAAUAGGGGAACGGAGACUUCAGGUAGAUCCUGAGUGACCUGUUGCAAUUACAGCCACCAACCACGUCCCUCCUUAGUUCUUGUGUGCUGGCCUAUGUUUAUUCUGGUCUCAGAUACAAGGGAUGCUCAGAGUAUUUUUUUUUAAUGUUGCAAGUUUCACAGUACUUUAUAGGGGUUGUUUUCUUAGCUCUAGUCCCCAGAAUUGAGAAAUUUCAACUUUCUGUAACCUUAACUAUAUUAACAAGUCUGACAUAUUUGCCAGGACUAUUUUUUUACCCUCUUAAAUUUUUCAGGUGGGAUAAUGCUUUCUUGUUUUGUGUGCACUGCAGACAUACUGGGUAGUCCCCAUUACCCAUGCUGCUCAUUUGUAGCACUCCUUAUUUUCUUCCCCUUGAAGUAGAUAUAGUUGCAAUGCACUUUACCCUUUGAGACUUAGUAAAUAGUUUUUCAAUUCAGUCUCUUCAAGGCUGUGAUGUUAGGUUUAGUGUCUGUAAUCUAGGAUUCAGUUUUUCAGCUGAAAUCUCUCCACAGUAUUUAGGUCAUAUUUAUUUUGGGCCCACAGGUGUGUAGACUGAGAAACUACAAAUAUGUAACCAUUUUCUGUAGUAACCAAGCCAUGUUAAGUUUACAUAAACUAGAUCCUGCAAAAACGGCAACAUCUCCAUCAGUUAUAAUUCCCAUCCAUAACAUGCAGUUGGCCUCUACCCUUUAAGCACAUUGGACAAGGGAAAGCCUUUAACUGUAGGUGUUCCUUUAAUGCAGUGAUUUGGGAAAGACAUACAUUAGAGUAUCUCUUAAACAAAGAAAAAACUGAGUUGACAAAGAUGAAACAGUGACCAAAAGUACAUAAUAAAGAUUGUAUUAGAAAUACAGUUAGUGAGAAUUUAAUCCAUUGAUUAUGUCAGGAAAGUAUUUUUUUCCCAAAUUGAUGUCAAGAGAAGGACCAAUUUUUAAAAAUUUUGUGGUGUUUCUUGGUGAUUCCAUAAAAAAAUAUAAGCCAGACCAUUCUGAAAACCUUAAUUCUCAUUAGAACAGGUUUUGUUUCCCUGGAUAAGUAAGUUUCCAAGGGAAAGCACUAAUCCCGUUCCUACUAAAAGUCUACAGAAAUUUUAUAGAAAUGUUAAGUGUUCAAAAAUACCUUUCAUAUCAUAAACUGCUUAUUUCCCUUCUCCCUGAGAUGUUUGGAUAUUUGUGUGUUUUACCCCUCUGACCAGGAUUUGGGUGUAAAAAGGGCCACAAAAAGGUGCAAACUGUAUGGAGUCUGAGCCAGUGUCAAAAAAGGGCUGCUCUUCUGUAGGUGACAGACCAGCAGUUGAUUUUGCUGGUUUUAUAACUGUGUGUAUUGACUCAAAAUCUGGCUGUCCUUGCUUUUGUUUUAUACUUAACCACUUCUCAUUGAGACAGGAUCAGGAGAGAGCAGAUUGUCUUUACUCACUGUUGGUGAUGCAAAAAUGCGAGUUCUGAUUAAUGUCAGUUACUUCUUUAAGCGUGUAAUGAUGUAUCUGAUUUGGACCUCUAUUUCUAAACAGUAUUUUACAUGUAAGGUGGGAUCAAUGGUGAAAUUCCAUUUCUACACUGUACUAAUUUAUUUAAUGGCUACAAAUAAGAUGAAGCUGAUUUAGUAGGAACUAAUUGUGGACUUAAAUCUGAAUUUCUCCCAUUUCCCCUGAAGAAGUUCGGUUCUUCAGUGAUAGAUAGAAUUAGGUAUUUUUGGAAUUUAGUACGAUCUUUCCCAUCUUUUCCCUGAGGUAGCAAUUCAGGCAUUUAUAUUUGACAGUAUUUACUUAAUAUAAACAUAAGUUCAUUUAUGAUGUCUUUAUUUUAAAUUCAUAUACACUCCAAAAAAAGUCAGAAGAAAUUCCACCACAAAAAACUGCGUUAAGAUGGAGUCAAGGUUCCUGAUGUCCUUCGUGUAGAGCAUAUACAAAAAAGAUGGGAAAGUCACCAGUUAAGUCAUCAGUUAAGGUUCUUUUCGCAAUCUUUAGGAAUUACUUCCUCUUCAGGACAAGAUAAGUGAAUAAGGAGGAAAAAAACCCUCAGCUUAGCAGCUGUAACUCUGACCAUGUAUACAUUAUGUCUUGUGAUACCGUGCUGUAAGGUAUGUGACUAAGUCUUUCAGAUGUCUUAUUAGGAUAUUAGCCAUUAAAACAUGGUGUUUACUCCAGAUUAACGCGGUGUUUUGUUUUGAAAUAUGUAGGUGUACAGAUAGAAUAUGAGAGAUGAAGUUACCUUCAAAGUUGAUGAAACAAGUGUUGGACAUUUCUAUAUUUUUAGAUACUACAACGGGCAUUUUGAAAAUUUUCUUGCAGUUUUAAUAAUUAUUUAGUGUGGUUGCAUACAUAUAUUGUGACAAUGUUUUCUGCUAUAUCCAUUACUUUGGUGUAAUUCUACUUUAUGUAGCGAAUAUGUGUAUAUACAAAGGAGUUUAUGUAAAAAAGAUGAUUAAGAAAUAGGCUCAAGCCCUUCAGAACAGGGACUGUCUUCCUCUGUGUCUGCAAAGUACUUCAUGCCUUGGUCUCACAGCCACAGCUCACAUCUGAGACCCCUGGUGACCUAAUUGCCAAGCAGUGAGUGUGGAGGAGCGGCUCUUCUGCUUUCCACGAGAAGCCUUGGUACAAAAGGUGCCGUGAAACUCACCUUGCCACACGCUGGGGCUGUGCUGUACGUGGUCAUGCCCAACACCACCCGCCAACCAGAAUGCCCAGAGUCCAUGUCUCUGCUUCAGUCCUUCCCUUUGGCAGUAGGAAAGGAAGUCUGAGGUAGGAGCUUUGAUGUCAUCAGGGAAUCUUCCUUGUUUGCAGGGUAAUCCUUCUGGAGCUUGGUCAGGCCUCAUGCAGUGUCCUUUGAAGCCAAACACGUGAUUUGCAUUGACUUCAAGGGCCACUGGACGUGCUCCUGCAAGAUCAAGUUCUGCUGACGUAACAGCUCUGUUACACCUGAAGACCUGGUUGGUCAAGUUCUUCAGGAAAGGUCUAAAAAUACUGUAAAAAUAUAAAUAUAUUUAAUAACAAGUACUGAAAAAAAAAUCCUAUUUGUUGUGGUCAGAGUUCAGAUUAUUAUGUGAAUUUUGAUUUCUUAGUCAUACUGGCAUAUAUAUUGCUUUAACUAUUAUGUAUGAAAGAGGAAGUGAUUCUGAAGUGCGUGAAAGAUCAGGAUUACACCUGUUUUGUAAUGGUUGUAUUAGUUAGGAAUGGAUGUCAGCACAUCUAACUCCAUAUUAAUGCAGUUUUUUUGCAUUAGAAUGUGUAUAUCAUACACCCACAUUUUAUAUAUAAUAUGUUAUAUGUUUGGUACUAACUUUGUAUUUUCCCUGAAAUUUUGCCAAAUCUCGAACACAGGUGUUCUCACUUGUAACACUUUGGUACUUAAUAACUGAAUGUAUAAGAAAUGCUCUGGUAUGAAAGGAAAGAGUGUUGUCUGGUGUCCCGCAAUACAGAUGUCUGAACCAGCAGGCCCGUUGCCUUUUUCGCAUCUCGCUUUGCUGCAAUGUCAUCACCUUUCACCUCCUGACAAACAGGCUGUGUUUUAAACUCAACUGCAGACCUGCCAUUACAGUUGGAUACUGCGCUCGCACAAAAGCUGACUGGUAGUAGUGAGAAUACAAUAGUCACCAGCGUGCCACAAAUGCAUUUAUUAAAUGCAGAAAUAGACACUUCUACAAAGGCCAAAAUCUUAUGUUGUAUGUUCUUUUCUUGUCAUUACAUUGUAUGAUAUUGUAAGAUUAUUGUAUGUCCUAAUUUGCAUUAUAAAAUGUUUUUUCCUACUUAAAGGCAUAAAUAUAGCAACUUUGUAUAAAGGUAGCUUUCUAGAUUUUUAUUUCUUUUAUAUAAAAAAGUCUAAACAGUGGGAGUACCAUUGCCAAAUUGUUUAUAAAAUUUCAAUUAACUUGCCCUGUUCAGUGAAUUUGCUUUUACAAACAUUCCGUAUUUCUUUUAUGAAAAAAGUGAUAUUAUACUAUGCAGAAAAGAGUGUAUUUUUAUGCCAUUCCACAUUUAUCUUAAAAAGAAAUUAGUUUCACUUGUCUGAAGCUGUCAUUUCUGAGGAAGCUUACCAAAUGCACAUUUUUUACAUGUAUCUGUAUUAUGACAACAUUUUCCCCUUUACCAGUGCCAACUUCAUUUGGAAAAAAAAGAAAAAAGGUAGCAUGGCAAUAAACUAUUGAUUUUUAUGGAAAA